AUGGCGUAGGAAUAUUUUUUUUAUUUAUUUCAGUAGCAGGGAUCAGUAAACUGGUCAUGUUUCCUCUCCUGGUUGAUUUCUCUGUUGGUUUUUAGCAGCUAGCCGAUAAUGUGACAGCGAUUCACAACAUUUUCAGGUAAAGUUAGGUGAUAGUUGGGAUAAAAGGUGGUCAGUAAACUGCAUAAGUCAUUGAACGGAAUAAAAACAUUUAUAAUAAUACAUCGUGUGUCAUAAGACUGUCAACCUUUACGCUUAUAUUACAUCAGACUUUGCAAAAUUUACUCAAUAUAUUGACCAAGAGGAGUAUUGUCUAUACAUUUCACAGUGCUUGAAAAUUAUAAAUAACAAAUUGACAUGAGAGUGUUGGUAAAGAAGAAAACAUUAGCUUGGAGUGUUAUUGAUAAUAUUAUGAGGAAUUUUUAAGUGUUAUUAAAUUAUUAUAAUCCAGUUUAUUGAACGAAACCAUUGUUACACAUCAAUAAUUUACUCCAAAAAAUUAAUUGAGGAAAUUAUUCAAACGUCGGGAUUUAAAUCGCCCGGGAGCGAGUAUCGACUGUCGAACGACGUUCGAGAAAUCGAUAUAAUCUGGAAAAGAAAAGCGGGAAAUUUCGAAUUAAAAGACUAUCAAUUGGAUAAAAUAUAAUAGUUAUUUAUUAUACAAUAAUUUAUUAAGCAAAUAAAAUGGGAAAUACAAAGAUAAAACAGCAUUAUGAAACAGCCAAGAAAACUGGGAUUCUUAAUAUUUCCAAUAGAAAAAUGAUGGAAAUUCCAGCGAACAUGAAAAUGCUUGCUCCAAUGCUAAGAACUUUAGAUUUAUCGCAGAAUUUAUUUAAAGAAAUUCCAGAUGAAAUUGGUAUUUAUGUUAUUCUUAAACAAUUGAAUUUAAGUCAUAAUAAAUUAUCAGCUUUACCUGAAGCAAUGGGUGCUUUGGUGAAACUCGAAAUCCUUAAUGCUAGCUGUAAUCAAAUUAGCAGAUUGCCAGACUCAUUAUCUAAACUAACACAUCUUAAACAAGUUAAUCUAUCCGACAAUCAAAUAGCAGAAUUUCCACUUAUGUUUUGUGGGUUGAAACACCUGGAUGUCCUAGACAUUUCGAAAAACAAAUUAACGUGUGUACCAGAUGGUGUAGUGGGACUUCAUGUAAUUGAACUUAAUUUGAACCAGAAUCAGAUAUCUGUUCUCUCCGACAAAAUGGCUGACUGUCCAAGAUUAAAAACACUACGACUUGAGGAAAAUUGCCUACAGUUUACAGCAAUUCCUACGAAGAUUUUUAAAGAAUCAAAUAUUUCUAAUAUUUCACUGGAAGGAAACCUGUUCGAAAACAAAAAAAUAGCUGAUAUUGAUGGAUAUGAAGCAUAUAUGGAAAGAUAUACAGCAGUGAAAAAGAAAAUGUUUUAGAACAAUAAGGAAUGACAAUGAAUAGAACAAUUUUUUUUCAAUUUUUAUUGAACUAUCAUUUAUUAUUGAUGAUUAACAAUAAAAGAAGUUUUGCACAAAAAUUUACUAUCGUACUUGAAGCAUAUUGAUAUUUAAUUAUUGUUAUUUUAUUAGUAAUUGUUUUGCAAUUAAAAAUAACAGAAAGAGUUAUUAAUAAUAUUUGUUAAAAAUUUUAAUUGAAGGUAUUCUUCUGUAUAAUCAAGUUUGGAGUGUAAAAAUAAUCACUGGUGUUUG